ACUGCCAGACACCUGAGCUCUCAUCAUCCAAAGUGUCAGGGCUCUAAAGCAGCGUCUACACACCGGCUUUCUUUCAUAGGGAGAAGUUUCAUAUUUUUUUUCGAUGGCUCAAAAAUUCAGACUCCUCUUUUUCCUUUCACUGGUCGUGGCCUGUCUUGCACUGUCCAUCGAUGCAGUCAAUCCAGUGGCAGGAGCAGCUACAGAUGCUCCACCAAAUAUAGCUGAUCCAUCUACGACAAAUCCACCAGUCUCCGCUACAUCAGUGGACCCAUCGGUCUCCACUACACCAUCAGGCUCAGUGGACCCACCAGUCUCCGCUACAUCAGUGGACCCAUCGGUCUCCACUACACCAUCAGGCUCAGUGGACCCACCAGUCUCCGCUACAUCAGUGGACCCAUCGGUCUCCACUACACCAUCAGGCUCAGUGGACCCACCAGUCUCCGCUACAUCAGUGGACCCAUCGGUCUCCACUACACCAUCAGGCCCAGUGGACCCACCAGUCUCCGCUACAUCAGUGGACCCAUCAGUCUCCGUUACACCAACAAGCUCUGAAGUAACAGAUUCCGCUCCAACCCCUACAGCGCCAGAACCAAACUCUUGUGAUCCAAACCCAUGUGGUCCAGGGAGCACCUGUGAGGCCCGUGCAUAUCCGAACUAUGUCUGCUUCUGCCUGACAGGUGACUUCUACAGUAACGUCAGCAACAGUUGUCAGGCUGGCAAAGUUUUCCCUGGAAAUCUGGUUGUGACUAAGAUAACAUACAAUCCAGAAAUGAUGGACCCCAAGUCAACUGAAUUUCUAAAAGCUGCAGAAACAAUUAUGAAUGAGCUGGAUGUUGUUUUCAAGAACAAUAAAGAUUACUCUGGAUCUACAGUGCUGAAACUGGAGCCCGGUUCCACCACCAGAGUUUGGUCAAGAGAAGACAAACUGCCCGUCAAAGCAACUGUAGAGAUCAUCUUCUUAGCAAAUGCUGACGUCACCACGGAUGGCAUUGUAGACAAGAUUGACUCAUAUGUCAAAGAGUGUGACAACUGUCUCUUGACAGGAGCAACUUUUAAAACUGAAAACCUGUGUAAUAAAAAUCCCUGUGAUGAGACGACUACAAAGUGCAACUCAGCAGAUGGAUCUUUUGAGUGUCAAUGUGAGGAAUCAUACAUUCCAUCAGACUUCACUGACAGAAUUUGUAUUGCUUGUCCGAGUGGCCAAAGAGCUGAAGGAGACAAAUGCAUCAAUUGUUCAUUUGGUCGAUCGGGUUUGAAUUGCAGUGAAUCAUGGCAGCUGACUCUGGUAAUUGUCGCCUCCGUCCUUGGAGCACUGCUGCUUAUCACACUCAUUAUUCUGCCUAUAGUGGCCCUCAAAUCCUCAAAGAAAAAGAGCCCCAAGAAGAACAAUAAUCCAGACAUUCGGGAGCCUUACGUCAGCCCCAUUCCCGCUAAGGCACCAUUGGUUAACGACAGCUUUGUUAACAGCCAGGCUGCCUCAGCUAAUAGGUCAGACAACGCCUUUGCCAAUGCUGGUGUGCCUCGGAUCCCAAGGGCCACAACCACUAGCAGCUGGGACAGAGGCAACCUGGAGAUGACUCCGAGCAGCAGUCGGCAAAACCUGGUCCCUGGGGGGAGGAACGCACGACUGUACGAAGACGACGAUGACAUGGCCCCAUAUAGCCAAUCUCGACCCCAGAGCAACGUCUACGCUCAGGCUCGACCCCAGAGCAACCUCUACGCUCAGGCUCAACCCCAGAGCAACCCCUAUGCCCAGAGUCAACCCCAGGCCAACCCCUAUGCUUCAAACCAAGGCCACGCCAACCCGUACUACAUGCAAGACGAUGGACGUCGGUUCAAUUGAUGUGGAACAAGAACAACGGAUUAUCUUACAGUGACAUUUACCCAGAUCAAAAACCUGUUGAGGUUUCUAUGGAAACACUUCUGAAUUGUCUUCUAUCCCAAAAAUGACUGUACACUUGUGAUACAUUGAGUUAUUCAAACAGAAGCACUAAAGACUCACUGUACAGCAACAUGUUUCAGACCCAUUAUAAGCUUUCAUAAAUCAUUUCUGUCUUUCCUUGACUAAUCUUUGUGUAUAUUUAGGAUUUGAGAUACACUGUAAGUCUUUUCAAAUGUCUCCUCUUAAUGACUUAAUGUGAAUUAAGAUACUACUUAUCUAAUCUCUUGUGUUGUUCGUCUAUGAAUUUUUGUGUGAACAUUUUGUAUGUUCAAUUUUUUCAGUUUAUGAUGAGUUUCAAAUACAUGUUAAGUCAGUUUUUGUGAAUGAGACAAGUUUCUUUUGUUCUAGUAAAAUGUAAUGACUUAUUGAUUGAAAUCAGGGCAUGUAAGUCCGUCCAUCCAUCCAUUAUAAUUUGUGUAAAAUGUUAACUAUAUUGAAAUUGUUCGAUGUCCUCUGUUGUGUAAGUAGAGUAUAUUUUGUGUAUUUUGUAACCUCUUUCAUGUUUCAUUGAUACCAAGCUGUUUUUUAACUUGAAUGAAAUAAAAUAACAAUAUUUACAAAUCUC